GAUAGGAGGGAACAUAAUAUAAGGAGCUAUGUCCGAUCCUGGGAAAGAGAAAGAGGAAGGGGAAGAGGCGCUGCCUGAAAGUACCCCAUCCAACAGUCCAGAAACCACGAUGGCAUCCCAUCUGAAGUACAUCUCUUUAAGCAUCCUGGUGUUUCAGACUACCAGUCUUGUCCUAACUAUGCGUUAUUCCCGUACACUGAAGGAGGAGGGUCCACGAUACUUGUCUUCUACUGCUGUAGUGGCUGCAGAGGUGUUGAAGAUCGUAGCAUGCAUCUUUUUGGUCUACAAGGAUAACAGUUGUAGUCUACGAGCCUUGAACCGUGUCCUUCAUGAUGAAAUAAUUAAUAAACCCAUGGAUACACUAAAGCUUGCCAUACCUUCUGGGAUCUACACCCUGCAAAAUAACCUUCUGUAUGUUGCACUGUCCAAUCUUGAUGCGGCAACUUAUCAGGUGACCUAUCAGCUUAAAAUCCUUACCACGGCUCUGUUCUCAGUGUCAAUGCUACAGAGAAAGCUGACAAAAUAUCAGUGGCUUUCUUUGUUAAUCCUGAUGGCGGGAGUAGCACUAGUCCAGUGGCCAGCAGAUGCCCCUAGCUCUCCCUCAAAAGAAGUAUCAGUGGGUUCACGGUUUGUUGGGCUCAUGGCUGUCCUCACGGCUUGCUUUUCAAGUGGGUUUGCAGGUGUCUACUUUGAAAAGAUCCUUAAAGAGACUAAGCAGUCAGUGUGGAUUAGGAAUAUACAGCUUGGUUUCUUUGGUGGAAUAUUUGGCCUGAUGGGAGUACUUAUCUAUGAUGGAGAUCGUGUUGCAAAGGGAGGCUUCUUUCAGGGCUACAAUAACUUGACCUGGACAGUUGUAGCUCUUCAGGCUCUGGGUGGACUGGUCAUUGCUGCUGUUAUUAAAUAUGCUGACAACAUCCUGAAAGGCUUUGCCACAUCUCUCUCAAUCAUACUUUCAACACUAAUAUCCUACUUUUGGCUGCAGGACUUUGUGCCCACAAGUGUUUUCUUCUUUGGAGCAGUGUUUGUGAUUUCAGCUACGUUUUUAUAUGGAUAUGACCCCAAGCCAUCUGUAAACCCAAUUAAAGCAUGAAGUGCACGAUACAGCACACUUUUGUGUUAGAGCGCCCCCUAGCAGCUGCAGAAGGGCACUACUGGUCACUGCUGGAUGAGGAGUUCAAACUAAGAGAUAUGCUGCUGAGAACUAAGACUGCAGGACAAAACAUUGCUGCUCUGUCUUGUGAAGGACCUUACAGUAUAUUAUUUUAUAUAAGAGAGACUCUAUAUAUUUUGUUAAUACUUGAAGUUCGAGGCGUUGAUUUCGGGGUUUUUUUUUUCAGAAUUGAUGCACCUCUCUCCUGAUCAGGUCUAUAAAAUUGCAUUAUCUUCAAUGGGGAAUAUUUAUCUGUGCAAAUGGAUUUUUAAUGUGGUGGUAUUUGACCUAAUAUACCCACUUAUUUCUGACCUCAGUUAAUUUAAAGAUGCAGCUUGAACUAAGAGCUGGAUAAUCCUCAUUACAAUUUUAUACUGAAGAGAAAAAUAAUGAAUAACAUAGGAUGUGUUUUGUAUAUAAUGGAAUGUUUCACUGUGUUU